AUGGCGGACUACGAAAACGACGCCCUGUUCCGCACAGGCAAGGACGCCAAUGCCACCGUCUACACCCGCUCAGCCCUGUCCGUGUGGUACGACGUCUACGUGCUCGGCUUCAACAUGCGCUGCAUCUGGGGGUGUCCCACCCCGUCGGUGCUGCUCCCCUUCUUCGCCGAGAACUUCUCCCGGCGGCACCUGGACAUCGGCGUCGCGACGGGCUACCUGCCCGCCGCGGCGCUGGGCAGCAUCUGGCGCAAGGGCAGCAGGCACCAGCUCACGCUCAUGGACCUGAACCCGAACCCGCUCAGGGCGGCCAAGGCGAGGGUGCUGUCGGUGGCCUCGAGGGCCGAGGUCGACCUCGUCGAGGCGGACGCCACCGAGCCGCCGUCCAAGGAGCUCGCGGGCCGGAGGUACGACUCCGUAUCCAUGUUCAACCUGUUCCACUGCAUGCCGGGGGGGAGGGACAAGUUCAGGGCCAUCGGCGCGAUGGCGAGGCUCGUGAGCGACAACGGCGUGCUGUACGGGUGCACGGUGCUCGGGGCCAAGCAGACAAAGUGGUACCAGUGGCUGACCAGGUUCUACCUGAACUGGUACAACAACUGGUGGGGGGUCUUCCGCAACUGGGACGACACCAAGGAGGACGUGGAUGCGGCCCUGAGGGAGCACUUUGGGGAUGUCGAGACCUGGGUGGUCGGCCAGACGCUGCUGUUCAGGGCGACGGCGCCGCGCAGGGCUGAGUCGUCCGUGCUGAUUGACUUGCCGUAG